AUGUCGAAUGAUCCGAUGGCCGCCGCCCCUGCGGUCACAAGCCCAACGGCACCUGAACAGCGCAAGCCCAUCCACGCCCUCGUCCUCGAUACCGGCCCAUUGAUCAAGAACGACCCUCCCGUCAGCACGCUCCUCGCUCAAGCCGACGAGCUUUAUAUGCUACCAUCCAUUGUCGAAGAAAUCCGCGACGUCAACACCCGCACCCGAGUCGAGACGACACUGAUGCCUUUCGUCAAGAUCCGCAACCCCCGCCCUGACAGCAUCAAGUUUGUUUCCAACUUUGCGCGCCGCUCCGGUGAUCUCGAGGUUCUCAGCAGACCCGAUAUACACCUUCUUGCUCUGACCUACGAGCUCGACCUCGAGAAAAAUGAAGGUGAUCAGAGAUUGAGGAAAGAGCCCGGCCAGCGUGUCGCCAACGCCAAGCCACCCGGCGGCGAGGCCUCAGAACUGAAGCACGGGGUUGACGCCGAAGUCGAGGUCCAGGAAAUGCCUGCUGCCGAGAAUACAACGGCUGCAGGGUCGGCCCAACCAUCCGCGGCCGUCUCUCAGGAACCGGGUGCGGAAGCAGUACAAAUCGAAACCUUGGAGAAUGAGACAGCGGAACCGUCAUCCUCGAAUGCAGCUGCGUCGGCGAUCACCCAAGACAUGAGCCAGCUUGGGGUGGAUGACAAGACUAUCUCCGUGCCUGCGCUUUCGAAUGUUGCCGAUGCCAACGAGGCACAGGGCGAAGGAUCAGGCUCUGAGGACGGCUGGAUCACGCCGUCCAACGUCAAGAAGCACAAGGAGAAGGAUAGCAAGCUGCUCCAGCCGACAGCACCUGCGAUCGACAUCAAGGUUGGCAUUCUUACUUCAGACUACGCCAUGCAGAAUGUUGCCCUGAGAAUCGGGCUGAAUCUUCUGUCGCCGUCCAUGUCUCGCAUCACCCAGCUCAAGACUUGGGUAUUGCGAUGCCACGGGUGCUUUCAGGUCUGCAAGAAGAUGGACAAGCAGUUCUGCCCGAGCUGCGGACAGGCGACCCUGACUCGUACUUCAUGCACGACGGAGGAAGACGGCACCUUCAAGAUCCAUUUGAAGCGCAACUUCCAGUGGAACAAAAGAGGCAACGUCUUCAGUAUCCCCAAGCCUGUGGCUGGCACGGCCAGCGGCAAGCUGGACAAGCAUGUCGGGGGCAAGAACAAUUGGGGUACGAAUCUCAUUUUUGCAGAGGACCAAAAGGAGUAUGAGAAGGCUGUGGGCGAAAAACAACGCGCCCGGCGGAGAGACCUCAUGGACGAGGAUUACCUUCCUAGCAUUCUGACAGGCGAUCGACAAAGCGCUAACGGGAGGGUCAAGCUAGGACCCGGUAGAAAUAUCAACGGGCGCAAGAGGAGAUGA